ACACUCCCGCAUCUGAUAUAACUGAUGAUACUUCAAAUUCUGACAUAUGUCAGGGGAUAAAGACUCAGCUGGAGAUUGGUUCACGUCAAUGCUCCACAUCACUAAUUUGUAUAGGAAACAAAUCUUCAGAAGAUAAA